UUCAGAACCAGGCAUUAACCUAUACGCAACUACUCAAAUUAUAGUAAACAAGCACAUGCUGAAAUGGAAUUGAAGGGCGUGGUCUGGAUUGGUCACUAGCUGGACCACACCCCUCAUACGUACCAUGCACAGCAUGCAUUGAUUUCUAUGGUAGCUACAGCUAUUACGUAGGGUGGUUUACAUUUGCAGAUAUUGAACUAGAGAAUGAUGUUUUGCUACUAUCGGCAAAUGGCUCAUCAAAUUGCAUACCGUACACAGUGAUUGAUGACGAUGACGUUGAGGGUACAGAGGAACUCACCGUCACAUGGAUGGGGGUGGAGCCUCAUGUGGAGCCUGGUGUCAAAUCUGCUACAUUCACACUCACCAUUCUAGACAACGAACAGGUCAGACUUCGUCUGGUGGAUCCGGAGAGUGGCCAAGAGACAGUAAAAUCAGGCCUGGUAGAGGUGUUGAGGGGCUCAGAGUGGAGGUCAGUGUGUGAUGAUUACUGGACAUAUGAUGAUGCCAAUGUAGUGUGCCGACAUCUUGGUUUCUUGGGAUUUGGUGCUAAAACGAUUCGAAGACAACCCUUCAAUGCGAAUGAGCCCAGACAAUACUGGCUGGAUGAUGUUCAGUGCAAAGGAUAUGAGUUAUCUCUGUUUGAUUGUCCACACAGAGGUUGGGGGGUCCAUAACUGUGGUCGAAGAGAGAGAGCUGGAGUACAGUGCCUCAAUGAGACUGACAUUGACAUACGUAUAGUAGAUGGUGGUGACAUUUUUGAUCUAUCUGGUGCUGUUGAACUGUGGAUGGGUAAUGAGUGGAGGUCACUGUGUUGUAACCACUGGACUAGCGAGGAUGCCAAAGUAGCUUGCAAGGAACGUGGCCACUCCGCUGAAGGUGCCACAACUAUUGAGGUUAAAGCUGAGAAUGGUGCCAAGUACUGGCUGGAUCAUGUUAACUGUGGUGGAGACGAAGAGAGUCUGUUUGCCUGUACUCACCUACAGUUCACGGACGAGGAUAGUGAGUGUAAGAAAGACGUCAGGGCUGGGGUGACUUGCCUUGCAGCACUUUCGAGUGGUGCGUUUGAAAACUGAUCUCCAAUUCUUCAAUACUAUAAUAAUAAAUAUACGUGCACAAAUGACACUCAUGCUAAGUUGACAUCGGCCAACAUUUAUAGUUACAAAACUGGCGUAUUUUCUCUGUAACCCCAAAUUUAUUUUCAAGAUUGACAUUUUUUGCUGUUACCAUGAAUCACGUGCCAAUGUAUUAACUUUUAUACCAC